AUGGGUCAAGAAGAAGCCAUAUUCCGCGCUGCGGAUAUGUCCUUGGUGCAACUAUAUAUCCCUUCAGAGAUUAGUAGGGAUGCUGUUUAUGCCCUUGGUGAAUCAGGUACUAUUCAAUUUAGAGAUUUGAAUUCAAAAGUUAAUACUUUCCAAAGAUCAUUUGUUCAAGAAAUUAGACGUUUAGAUAAUGUUGAAAGACAAUAUCGUUUCUUCAAGAAUGAAUUAGAUGAUCGUGAAAUUGAAUUGAAACCUGCUCCAUAUAUCGAGGAUGAACAGUUUUCACCACCUUCAAAACCAAGUGAUAUUGAUGAGAAAGUUGAAAAUGCUGAAUUAUUAGAACAAAGAUUAAAUCAAUUGGUUGAUUCUUCCGAAACUUUAGAAACUCGUAAGAAAGAUUUACAACAAUUGAGACAUGUUUUAAAAGGAGCUGAUGAAUUCUUCAGUAAAGCUUCCAAAAAUGCUGAUUUAGUUAGUUUACAUGAAGAUUCUCAAGAUGUUGAAAAUCAAGUUCAACAACAACAACAAAUUCCAAAUCAAAGUUUUGUCACUGGUGUCAUUCCAAGAAGUAAAAUCAAUCUAUUGGAAAAAAUCUUGUGGAGAGUAUUGAGAGGGAAUUUAUUUUUAGAUUCAAUUGAAAUUGAAGAACCAAUUUAUGAUCCAAAAACUAAAAAAACAUUGCUAAGAAUGUUUUCAUUAAUUAAGAAAAUUGCAGAAUCAUUAGAUGCAGAUAUUUAUGAAAUUGAAUCUGAAGAAUCUAAAAGACAAGCUUUAUUAGAUGAAGUUAAUGGUAAUUAUUCAGAUUUAACCACUGUUUUGGAAACAACAAACCGUACUUUGGAUACUGAACUGAUUGCCAUUGCACAAGAAUUAUCAAAUUGGUCAGCUAUAAUCACAAAGGAAAAAUCUGUUUAUGAAACUAUGAAUUUAUUUGAUUAUGAUGUUAAUAGAAAGGCAUUAAUUGCAGAAGGUUGGAUUCCAACUAAUGAAAUUGAACAAGUUAAACAAAUCUUACAAACAAGUUCCACUGGAUUACAAUCUAUUGUCAACACUUUACACACCACUAAAACACCACCAACUUAUCAUAAAACUAAUAAAUUUACAGAUGCUUUCCAAAACAUUUGUGAUGCUUAUGGUGUUGCUCAAUAUAAAGAAGUGAACCCGGGUUUACCAACUAUUGUUACAUUCCCAUUCAUGUUUGCCAUUAUGUUUGGUGAUAUGGGACACGGGUUUAUUUUAGGAUUAGCUGCAUUAAUGUUGGUUAUUCAUGAAGAUAAAAUUGCACGUAUAAAAAGAGAUGAAAUCUUCGAUAUGGCUUAUAGUGGGAGAUAUAUCUUGUUAUUAAUGGGAUGUUUUUCAAUGUAUACUGGGUUUUUAUAUAAUGAUUUAUUUUCCAAAUCAAUGACACUUUUCAAAAGUGGUUGGGAAUGGCCAAAACAUCAUGAAGGUGAGACAAUAUUUGCUUCCAAAACUGGUAUCUAUCCAAUUGGUAUAGAUCCUGCAUGGCAUGGAACUGAAAAUGCAUUAUUAUUUACAAAUUCCUACAAGAUGAAGUUGUCAAUCUUGAUGGGUUUUAUUCAUAUGACUUAUUCAUAUUGUUUUUCAUUAGUUAAUCAUUUACAUUUCAGUUCAAUGAUUGAUAUUAUUGGUAAUUUCAUCCCAGGUUUGUUAUUCAUGCAAAGUAUAUUUGGGUAUUUAUCAAUUUGUAUUGUUUAUAAAUGGUCAAUUGAUUGGAAUUCAAUUGGUAAACCAGCACCAGGUUUAUUAAAUAUGUUGAUUUCAAUGUUUUUAUCACCAGGUAAAGUUGAAGAAUAUUUGUAUUCAGGACAAGAAAAAAUCCAAGUUGCAUUGUUAUUAAUUGCAUUAGUUUGUGUUCCUUGGUUAUUAUUAUUAAAACCAAUGUAUUUUAAAUAUAAAAUGAAUCAAGAACAAAAGUAUCAAGAAUUGAAUGAUGAUGUUGAAGCUAUUCAAGAUUUACCAACAGAACCUGAUCAAUUAGCAGAACAUCAAGAUGAUGAUGAUGAAGAACAUGAAGGUCAUAACUUCGGAGAUAUUAUGAUUCAUCAAGUUAUUCAUACUAUUGAAUUUUGUUUAAAUUCCGUUUCACAUACUGCAUCAUAUUUAAGAUUAUGGGCGUUAUCAUUAGCACAUGCACAAUUAUCAACAGUUUUAUGGUCAAUGACUAUUCAAGGAGCAUUUAAAACAACUGGAUUUAUUGGUUCCCUAAGUAUUGUUUUCCUUUUCGGUAUGUGGUUUAUCUUGACUGUUGUUAUCUUGGUUAUCAUGGAGGGUACUUCUGCAAUGUUGCAUUCUUUACGUUUACAUUGGGUUGAAAGUAUGUCCAAGUUUUUCGUUGGUGGUGGUAAACCAUAUGAACCAUAUAGUUUUAAAACUAUUUUAUCAAGUGUUGAAUUAUAG